UUUAUGGAACACAACAGGAGAUCAAGUUCGCUGACCUAUUUUGUUAUAGAUAUUUCGUACGCAUCAAAGUGCAUCUAAAGAAUCAAUCAUCAUCAGGAAUGGACGAUUAUGUGAAAACAUUACUACGACAAUGGCAACUGGAGGAGUUGAUACCGAAAUUCGAAGACGAGGAAGUCAACGAAAAGGCAUUCAAAUGUCUAACUGAUGACAUAAUCCGUGAGCUGAUACCGAAGCUGGGAAAGCGUGCCAUCUUCAACAAUGCCUACAAAGCCUAUCGAGAAGCUUCAGCUAAGGAUGAGAUUCCUCUUCCUGCUAUGGUCAAGCAAAACGAUUAUCCAUCACCUGCAUCCAGUCCUACAUCGACAGCUCCGGUCAAAUUAGAGUCAGCUAUCAGCAAUCCGUCCGAUACUGUUCCAAGUGAAAAUGAUAUCCCAUUUCGGCUUGAAACUGUAAAAUUGGAAAACGUAGGUCCAACGAUAAAGGCACCAUCAGAUGAUACGCUGUUCGCAGGUGACGAUGCUCCAGAACCACCUCGAAUAACAUUCAGUAUUUCGGCGUUGGAAAAUCCAUCCGACGAGGACCGUAGAACCGCCGAUUCCCUGCGUCAGUUUUUGAGCACAUCUGAAAGCUUCAAUCAUUUAUUAGGUAAGACUUUUCUGACGCGAAGUGGUCGAAAUAUGUUGGUGAAGGGAAUCGUUGACUAUCUGUAUGCCACAAAUGGACCUGUUCUGAGUAAUCGGCUGCUGCAAAGUUGGGCUAGAGCAGUGGAACAGGUAUUUCACGAGGAGAUCAGUGGGUUGUACUUCAGGGAAACGGAGAAUGGGUCGUCCUGUGGGGGAAAACUUGCUCAGUAUUAUAGGCAAGUGAAGCAGAUGAAAGGCGUAGCUGAGAGUGGGUAAAUUUAGUGAUUUUCUUUUAAAGAUAUUUUAUGGACAUUUGACGAAAGAGGC